AUGAGCUCGCCGGCGACUGUCGCUGUUAUUGGUGCUGGGUCCAGUGGACUGUCCAUGCUCAAGACACUGCGAGAAGAUGGCUUCAGAGUCACCUGUUAUGAGCGAAGGACGCAAGUCGGUGGCCUUUGGGCUUACACUGACGACAAGUCAAUGACCACAGCCUUGAAAUCCACCGUUGCCAACAUCAGCAAGUAUACUUGCGGAAUGUCGGACUUCCCUAUGCCCGACAAGUAUCCUCACCACUUGAACCAGUGGGAGUUCCAGGAGUAUAUGGAACUCUAUGCAAACCAUUUUGACCUGCUAAAGGACAUCAUCUUUGGUGCUUCUUUGAAACAGGUCACUAGGAACCAAAAUGACACUAAGUGGAUUGUGGAACUCGAAAUAGGAGGGGAGCCCCAUUUUAAGGAGUUUGAUAAGGUAGCUUUCACCCAUGGCUAUCAAACCAAAGCAGUGACGCCAGAUCUCCCAGACCGGACGAAGUUUGAAGGCGUUCUGAUUCAUACUCAACAGUACAGAUCUGCCGACGAGUUCAGGGGGAAGAAAGUUGUGGUUGUAGGAAUUGGCAGCACCGCUGGCGACGUAGUUGAAGAGUUACUACCUGUGGCAUCCACAGUGUACGCUUCACAUCGGCGAGGCAUAGUCAUUUUCCCACGAUGGCGGAAUGGCACACCGGGAGAUCUCAUGAUCAGCUGGCGACGGCGGCAGAUCAAUAGCUUUCUGCAGAAGAACUUUCCAAACGCUGCCAAAUGGCUAGCCGACAAAGCUUUGGGUUUCAUAUUGCAUCAGACAUGGGGCCGGCUCGACCCCACCUGGCGUCUCCAGCCGUACCCAUCGGCCGUCUUGUCAUUGCCAGCGUCUUCAGAAACUAUCAUUCCAGCCCUCAAGAAUGGUACCCUGACUUCCUUGCAUGGAUUGAAGCGAUUCGUUGGCCCAAAGGCAAUCGAAUUUGACGAUGGAACCAUCAUUGACGAUGUGGAUGCCGUUAUUUGUGCGACAGGCUACUCUGCGGACUUCAACGUCGCGCCUUUCCUGGAGAGAAGCAGACCUGCUAACUAUGGUGGCGAGGACUUGGUUAGACUGUGGAUGAAUAUGUUCCCUCCAAAAUACGCUGAUUCGAUAUGUCUGCUGUGCUACUCAGCCUAUGGCAAGAAUAACGGUUUCUCUUUCUCUGACGUAUCAUCCAUGGCGGUAAGCAAUGUUUGGCGAGGAGUCCAUCCCUUGCCGCCGCUCCCAGAUAUGGAGAAUGCCAUUGAUGCACACCACGAUUGGGUUGCAUCGCGAUGGAGGAUGGACGACAAGAUUGAUGUCUCUAUGGUUAAGCAGUACCAGUUUCAAGGGUUUAUUCAUGAAGCAGCGGGUACAGGCAUGGACAACUUGGGAUGGGGAUGGAAAGGGUGGAAGUUUUGGUUCAAGGAUCCGAAGCUAUACUAUCUGAUGAACGAUGGAGUCGAAACUGCGCACGCCUUCAGGUUCUUCGAGACGGGAAAACGGAAGACAUGGCCUGGGGCCAGAGAUGCUAUCAUACACAUGAAUGAGGCUGUGAAGAUAUUCCCAUUAAAGGAGAAGAGUCAAUAA